AUGGGGUGGAUACACAACACUCCAGAUAAUACUGCUACUAACGGACCUACUACCGCGGCCGUCGCAAGCGUUCUAUCAGGAGUUUCUUUUUGCUUUAUAUGCCUUAGGGGCUAUGUUCGAAGUCGGCUUAUCCAUGCUUUAGGAAUAGAUGACUGGAUCAUCUUCAUAACUUGGAUUCUAACGUGCGGGUUUACCGUAGUCACAGCAAUCCAAACAACAUGGGGUUUAGGAAUGAAACAUGUUGACGAUAUGCCUCCCCAAAAUAUAUAUCCCUUUGGCCAAUUGGAACUUGCAGGCUUUUCUUUAUAUAUCCUUAGUAUUCUCGGAUUUAAGCUCAGCUUGCUGGUAUCAUACUUUCGAUUUGUCCCUCAGGGGAUGUGCAAGUAUGGCGUCACCUGCGUAUUAGUUUCUUGCACGCUAUUCCACCUAUCGUGUCUGAUAGUUCAACUCAACCAAUGUCACCCGAUCGCAAAGAAGUGGGAUCCAACUGUCCCAGGGAGAUGUAUUAACCAAAUUCCUUACUAUAUGGCUUCCUCGGCAUUGGCUGUCGUUUUCGAUUUUGCUGUCAUGUUUCUUCCAUUACCAGUAAUUCUUAAAACGAAGAUCCAACUACGAAAGAAAGUCAUGUUACUCGGCCUUUUCGCCCUUGGUUUCUUUAUCACCGGGAUCCAAAUCAUCAGAAUCCAGUUCUUAAAAGACCUUAGUAACCCCCUCAAUUCCGGGCCUGUCGUGCUAUGGUCGACAGUCGAAGCAAACCUAGGUGUAAUAGUUGCAUGCAUACCGGUCCUUUCACCUCUUUUCAAGCAGAACCGUGACAACUAUAACAAGGGCACCCCCGAGUCGACAUGGGGGAAUACUAUAACGCCGAGUAUUACAAGCCACUCUUGCAUGGUUGCUAGAAAUCACAUGUCCGAGGAUGACUUACUCGAUAGAGAGAAAGAUAAUAAUAACCGUCUAACGAGCACCAAUAGCCGGGAGCCUAUUAAUAUAGGGAACGGUCACAUACUUAGAGAGACAGAUGUCGUCAUUGUCAACCAACUCGCUCCCGCUCAUCUGACACCCCCACACGAUACCGAGCUAGGAGGACGAAUGAAGGGUAAUUAUGAGUGCUGGGCAAGGAGUACUAACAUGACAAUUCACGACGGAUUUUCGAGUCACAGCCUCGAUCGUAUUUAG